CACUUCCUCGAUUUCUCCUUCAGUCCUUCACCCUUCACAAACUCUCUCUCUUUCUUUCUCUCUCUCUCUCUCUCUCUCUCUGCAAUUCGUUUCCGUCAAAUAUUCGCCGGAAAAACCAUACCACUCUAUCAUCAUCAUCGUCUCGUCGAGAUUCUCGUGAUUUUAUCGAUCUUCAUCGCAACACCGCCAUGAAUCCCGAAUAAUCUGUGAUGGUUCUUUGUUCAAUAUCUUGAAAUUAUAGCGAAUUGAGCUGAUUGGUUUAGCUUAAAAUUCGAAAGUUGAAUUUGAAUUUUAUGAGAUCGGUAAGCCUCAUAUGGUGCCCUGUAAGGUCACCGGAAAGUGUGGUUCUGUUACUGUUCGUAUGGUUCCUGCUCCUCGUGGUGCCGGAAUUGUGGCCGCUAGGGUUCCAAAGAAGCUAGUUACCAGAGUUUACAAUGAUGAACUAGCCCUAGAUACCUACAUACGCUCAGAUCUCUAUGGUACCUGCAAUCAAGUCAAGAAUUGUUCAAAUCCAAAAAUCAAAGGUGCAGUCGUGUUUCAUGAGCAAGGCCCUCGGCUAUUUGAUUACAGUAUACGCCGCCUCAACCACACAUGGGCUUUCUCAGGAUUUCCUGAUGUGAAAUCCAUCAUGGAUGUAAUCGGUCCUUAUCUCAAUGACUUGGAACUGGGCGUUAAUAUUGUACCAACAAUGCAGUACAGCUUCAGUGGAUUUUUGACUGUAUGAUUGCUCCUUUACCUUUUUACUACUUUCAAAGUACACUUUUAUUCUUUAUAGUAGUUCAGUUGUUAAAGGAAUUUUCUAGUUUAGUGUAACCUGAUAAUGGUUUAUGGUCCUGUUGCUAGACUGUAAUGAUUUUAAAUCACAUAGUUAACAGAUUUGGUUUAUAAAUAGUUUCUACAAUUUUCUUAUAUUUAAGAAUCACUUAUGCCAAUUAAGUUCUGCAAAUGUGAUUAUUAUUGAUAAUAUGCCGUUACAUGGGGUCCUUUUUAUAGAAGAGUUGGUUUCAAGAAGACCUUUUGUCAUUUGUGAGGUUCAUGCACUCAAAUGGAAGAGUGUAAGUGUGUCCUUUUUAUAGAAGAGUUGGUUUCAAGAAGACCUUUUGUCAUUUGUGAGGUUCAUGGCACUCAAAUGGAAGAGUGUAAGUGUUGCCAUGCGUAUUACUUAUAAAGUUAUGAUCAUGAUGUGAUUUCUUUCACUUUGAUUUUAAUUUAUUUGUUGUAAUGCUGCCUCAAGUUCCUUUUUUUUCCUUAAAAAAUUAUUUUUUGUAUGAUUUUUGAACUCUCCAUCUACGACCUUCAUAACGUAUUUACACACUAAAAAAUUAUAGUGGUGUAACAUGACCAAAUGUUACAUUACGUGUAACUUGAACCUAACCCACUAAAAAAUUAUAGUGUUGUAACAUGACCAUAUGUAUCAAAUUUAUUUAUUUAUUUUUUGCUGUAUUAUGUUGCAUUUUGUUCAUUGUUGUGCUCCUAGGUUCAUUUCAUCACCUAACCUAAGUUGUUUACAACUUAUUUUUGCUUGGAGUUGAGCUUAGUUAGGAAAACAAAUUUGGAAAUUUUAUUUAGGAAUAAGUUUUAGGAACUUGUAACUUGGAAAAAGUUUGGGAUAUUUACCUGUCCUUUAAAAUCCUUCUACCAUUCCCAAUUGGGAUAUUAUGCAAAUAAGCCAAGACUCUAGAGAGCUUACGGCUUCUAGGAGCAGUGAUUGGAUUAGAUUUUUCUGGGUUAGGAGGUGUUUUAACACCUUGAGUUCAAGUUAUUAUUUUUAGUGUUUGGUUUGCCUAGGGUAGCACGUAUCAUAAUAUAUUUCUAUGUUAAUAUAAUGUUAGUUUGGAGACA